AAUUCGUCGUGAGGCUUCACUCGGAAAGCUGUGGUCAUCUGCGUCGCUGAAUCUUAUAUAACCUGUCUAAGUACUUUGUCCCCAGUAGACGAAUACGUACAUAUUUUCAGCACCUUACCAUUUUUACCUCGUGCUCAGCAAACGAGAUAAUUCAACGCUUGAUCUCCAAGUGACCCACAAUAAGGAUGAGGGGAUCCUUGCACGCGCUGUGCUUCUUAGCGCUGCUGGUGAGCGGCGGCCGCGCGGCGCGGCUCGCGGCGGGGCCGCUGCAGGCGCUGGGCUCGACCGUCCUCGCCUCCCACGGCCAGGCUGGCGGCGAAUUGAGACGCCCUGGUGACGUAGAAGGGCCUAAGGUGGUGGUGGAGAAAUUGGGCGUGACGAUGGUGGGCACAACCAUGCAGUCUCUGUACAACCGAACCAUCAACUCUUUCCUUGGCAUUCGAUACGCAGGCGCUUCGCGUCGCUUCAAGUACAGCGCGCUAGUGGAAAAGCUUGGCACUAAUAACGUAGAAUAUCCUGCCGAUCACAUGGGGCCGAAGUGCUGGCAAAACUCAAUGGUCGGAGACUUCGCUGAAGGAGACGAGGAUUGUCUAUACCUCAACGUGUAUGUACCUGCGGAUAAAGCGACUGGGAAUGAUACCUUGCCGGUGAUGGUAUUCAUCCACGGAGGAUCCUUCACGAGUGGCGAUGCUUCCCUCUACCUGCCCACCAGGCUCCUCGAUGAGGAUGUCAUCCUUGUGGUCAUCCAGUACAGACUGGGGGCUCUCGGUUGGCUCUCUCUUCUAAACAACGACCUACCCGGCAACGCGGGUUUAUCCGAUCAAAUCAACGCUCUUAAGUGGGUUCAAGCUUACAUCGAACCUUUCAACGGAGACCCGGAGAAAGUGACUGUGUUCGGCCAGAGCGCCGGAUCUGCGUCAGUGAGCACUCUGGUCGCCAUCCCCGCAGCUAAAGGCUUGUUUGCCCGCGCCAUCGCUGAGAGCGGCUCGUCGCUCGAGUAUUGGGCGAUAGACGAACAUCCCGUGCAGUCGGCGACCGCAUUCGCCGAGCUUUGCGGUUGUGACACCACCGAUGAAUCAACUAUCCUGCAUUGUUUACAAAUUGAAAAAACUCCGGCUGAGCUUACGAUGUGUACUUCAAAGUCCGUGAAAGAGCAACAAAAGGCUGGCAACAUCGGGUUUGAUGGAGUCUCUCCUGUAGUGCAACCUGCUGACAUCGUACAAAAUGCACUUAUCACGAUGUUGCCUGCUGACUACAUGGCUCAGGGGCUCUCCAACAACGUGCCCUUCAUGAGUGGCUGCGUCAGGGACGAAGGAUCAUACGUCUAUGCCCUGAUGCUGGACUCUUACCUGAAGCCCAACAACCUCACUGAAGAUGGGGACUACCUGGCCAACCAAGUUAUCACUGAUAUUCUAAAAGCUGCAGGCAUCGACGACAGCACGCGCGUCCUUUCGCAGGCGAUCGCGGACACCUUCUUCCCUGGCGUUGACAUGACCGAUAUCGAUGCCAUUACUCCCGGCAUGAUCGAUCUCAUGGGAAUGCUGUUCUUGAAAUCCGGCACUUACAACUUCGCCAAAAUGCACAGUCGCUUCUACAAUACAAGCACUUAUUUCUAUUCAUUUGACUUCGUAAGCGAAAACUCGCUCUUCGACCUCAUGUUUCCUGAUCCUCCAUUCGACAGCGAGCUUGCAGGAGUAACACACGCAGAUGAGCUGAUGUACCUCUUCUCGUUUCCAACUGAGCUCACUGAGGCACAGCGUCUCACCUCUAAGCGCCUCGUCAAACUCUGGACCAACUUCGCCAAGACUGGGAAACCCUCUGCUGAAAAGGACGACUCGUUGGGCUUGCCAGUCUGGAAGGAGUUCACCGAAAAAGAAUCCAACUUCCUCCUCAUCCAGGACGAAUUGGAGAUGAAGAUGAACUACCCUGAGAGGUACACGAUCGAGAUGCAGCUCGAAAACCCAACGACUCCAGCUCCCCCUACUGACCCGCCAGCGGAAACGGUCCCAAAAGCCGAGUACGAUGAUCUCCAGAAGCAGAGUGACGCCUUCAUGGCUUGCAUGAUCGUCUUCAUCGUUCUCUUCGUCGCCAGCACCGGCGGAGCAAUCUUCUUCUACCUCAAAACCCGCUAAACUUUGCCUACUCGUUGCAAAAUAGUUGUCCAUAAUUACGUAUCUACGAAUAUGCCCCUUCAUUAAUUUAAACUUAUUUAACAGAAUUUGUCUGUACGUUCAAUAGCUUCAAAAACAUUGGCAGAGACCACUGAGGCAUAAAAUAUCGACAAAAAAUGCAAAUUGCAUUAAUCACCUAGAGAAAUUGUCAACCAGCCUACGGUGUCAAGCACAUGUGGUGUAGCAUAUAUUAUCUGUAAUUAGUAGUCUGGAUCAGGUGUUCCUUCAAAUUAUUACGUUCAAAUGAUUUUUAAUACAGAAAAUUCUACAUGGAGAGUAACUUCGUUUUAUUUCUAAGCAACAACCUUAUUAGCAUCAAUGCGACGCCGUGAGCAGUUUCACAAUUUCUGCACUUUUAUUUAGAAAGAAACGCACGAGCCCACGUUUUGCACAAGUACCCCUAACGCAACUCCGUCAAUUAUGUACACAAAUUAGCAGUGACUGUUGGAAUUUCAGUUGUACGGGUUCAGUUGUUUUUAAUUCGGUUAUUAACUGAUACCCGCCGAAAACAAACAUGGAUAUCCUCCUCGAAACUCGUGAAAUUUCCAAAUUUUACAGCUGCACAGUGGCUGUACUAAUUCAAGGUUUG